UAAGCACGCCAUGGAGGGUAUGUAUAGGGCUCCAGUCCAGUCUCUGAGACUUCCAGAACGCGCAGCGUCCGCUCCACUGGUUCCCACCCGCUGUUCGUACUUGUGCAGCGACUGCGCUAGCGUCCCAACUCUAUCUCGACCUUGCUGGUCGCGACUUGUCAGUGCUGUGAAGACAAAUUUACCUAGCCAACAUGGCGACAAAGUUCGAGGAGCAAGACCACAAGGUCGCGCGUGAGACUAGUCACGACGCCUCGCCUUCCCCGCCAGGCUACACGGACGAGAAUGUCAGUGUUCAAGCAGACCAAGCGUUCGUCUAUGAUGAUAGUCAGAAACUGGGCUAUACCGCAACUGUUUUUGUCAUCUUGAACAAGAUGAUCGGUACAGGAAUCUUCUCCACUCCAUCUGGUAUUUUCGCUGUGUCCGGCUCAGUCGGCGUCUCGCUUUUCCUGUGGAUCAUCGGCGGCAUUUUGACCUUCGCCGGAUUGUCUGUCUUCAUCGAGUUCGGUCUCGCCAUUCCCCGCUCCGGCGGCGAGAAGAACUACCUGGAACGCGUCUACCGCCACCCAAAAUACGUCGCAACAUGCGUCCUCGCAUCCCAAAUGCUCCUGCUCGGUUUCUCGUCCGGCAACGCGCUGGCCUUUGGACGCUACUGUCUCUUGGCCUCCGGCAGCACCGUCGACGGCUGGGUCGCGCGCGGUAUCGCCAUCGCCUGCAUCACCUUCUGUGUAACGCUGCACUCGGUAGCACCGAAAUGGGGCAUUCGGCUGUUCAACGUGCUCGGAGUGUUCAAGGUUUUCAUCCUACUCUUCAUCGUCUUCUCCGGCUUCGCAGCGCUCGCCGGCCACCGCAAAGUCCCCAACCCGCGCAACUUUGACAACGCAUUCACCCUCUCCACCGGCCCCGGCUACGGCGGCGGCGGCGCCUACGAAUACUGCCAGGCCCUGCUACGCAUUAUUUACUCGUACAAGGGUUGGGAAAACGCAAAUUACGUGCUCGGCGAGAUCAAAAACCCAAAGAAGACGCUCACCUGGGCCGCGCCGCUCGCCAUCGGCGGUACUACCAUCCUCUACGUGCUCGCCAACGUCGCCUACUUCGCCGCCAUUUCCAAGGAAGACCUCGCAGGUAGCGAAGCCAUUGUUGCCGGCGUUUUCUUCCGCAACGUGUUCGGCGACAGCGCGGGCGCCCGCAGCCUGCCCGCCUUCGUCGCGCUCAGCAACCUGGGCAACGUGCUUGCCGUGAGCUUCGCGCACGCGCGACUGAACCAGGAGUUCGCCAAGGAGGGUCUCCUGCCCUACAGCAAGUUCUGGGCGUCUAUCAAGCCGUUCGGCGCCCCGGCCCCUGCGCUCUUCCUCCACUGGCUCAUCACCGUCAUUGUCCUCGUGGCGCCGCCUGCGGGGCCUGCGUACAACUUCAUCACGGAUCUUUACACGUACCCGGGUGCGUGGAUCAACGGUUUUGUGACCGCCGGGUUGAUCUAUCUGCACUACUCGAAAGCCGAGCGGUGGGAGUCGCCGUGGCACACAUACCUGCCAGUCGCGAUCCUCUACCUCGCGGCCAACAUCUUCCUUGCACUCGUACCCUUCAUCCCGCCGAGCGGGCCCUGGAACGCAGACGGGUACCCGUACUACGUAUUCCCGAUUGUGGGCGUGGGUGUGCUACUGCUUGGUGUGUUUUACUGGUUCUGCUGGACCAAGGUAUGGCCAAAGUUGGGCGGGUAUAAGAUUGUAGCGCAGAGGCAUGAGGAUGCGCAGGGGAUCGAGCACGUGCGGUAUGUGAAGGUGUACAACAAGCGCGAGUGAAGACGAGGUGAGUAAGCAAGAGACGAGGCGAGAGGGGAAGGCAGAAUUCCCAGUCAUCGCAAUUUAGUCGUAAUAAUCACUGAAGUUAUGUUCACAACUCCGAUGACGCUCUUACAG